AUGAUGGAAUUUCUGCAGUAUAUUCUAGUCUUACUCCUGGUUUUUUGUUCCUUUUUUAACGGAUCAUUUGCUCAGCCACCGACAUGCGCCCAAGCCGGAUGUCCAACGGGUGGAGUUUGGGGAGAAUGGAAAACCAUCGGAAGUGGACAAUGUGAUAUGGAGUGUGGAGGGUGUGGUACACUUGUGCAGACCAGAGAGUGUAUAAGUGAUCCAAUUUGUCCUUGCACAGGAAGCUCCAAUCGUACCACAGGUUGUAAUUUCAACGCAUGCAAGUAUCCAACUCAAAAAGUUUGUUGUAACCCAUAUGUCCCAAUGGUUGUGAACAAAGUUCAAAUCUGUGGUCCAAUCCCCAAAACAAUUGAUUCAAGUGCAUGCUGCCCGCAGUCCACAUUAUACUCUGAAUGGUCUGGAUAUAGUAGUAACGGUAACAAAGGAUGGGUCAGAACCAGAAGAUGUCUGACCGCUUCAAUCGGAUGCCCUUGUGCUGCUAAAGAUAUUACCGAAACAGUGGAUGGUGGAGUGGAUCUAGUUUGUCCCUGUCCGGCAGCAGCCGGGUUAGCAGAUAGUGAUUGCGAAGGUACAAGUCUUCCUGGAAACAAGGGUUAUGUUCAGACAAUGGCUAUCGAUAAUGAAGCGUGCACUGCAACUGUGAUGUUUUAUGCUGCAAAUCAAGCCACUCAAACCCCUCCCUUUUAUUUUUGUAAACCAAUGGCAAGCGGUUAUCAAGGUGCUAUGAAUUUUCAAGGGGCGUAUAUUACCGUGAAGGAGUCAGUUUCUAAGAAAUGUGUUGCUCACACUGCAUUCGAUUGCGAAGGCGGCAAGAACACGGAUAAAUACCCGUCUGCUCCUCGGCAAGAUGUUACAUUCACUUGUAAUUUGCAAACAAAGAAAUGGAUUCUGGAUUUCACCGGAAACGACAUCGACUCCUAUUACCAAGGAAACUGGACUCUCAACUAA